CUCUUAAACCGUAUUAAUCUUUGCGGAGGCCGACACAGGUUUUUGGAGGACAGUCAGGUUCAGGUUAUCUUCCAGCACAUCGGUUCAUCCGAGUCAACACAUUUAAUAUCAAACCACAUUAACCAGGUACCUGGGCUGCGGGAUUAGGCGCUACAAAUGAUUUCGGUGCGACAGAUUGAACCACAACAUGUCGGGGUUAAAAAAUCACAUGUCACUGCCUGUGUCGGUGGGUGUCCUGUUGGUGGGCCUCCCAUACUCCAUCUCUCUAGCUGCUCAGUGGAUUUACGGCUGGCCCAACAAGCCUGGAUAUAAGAAGUACAUCGAAGCUCUAAAACCAAGGCGAAUAUACUGUUUGACCAGAGCUGUCCUGGAAACACUCAAAUAUCUGCAAUAUGGGAGACUUUACUUUCAGUGGAAGUCAUGGUACAAGAAUGACGAAAACCGUAAGCAUUAUGAGAAGGGCAUUACAUUUGGUCGGCGAAGCAACAAGCUUGACUUGUACCACCCUCCGAACGCGUGCAGCUCCAAAGAUGCGCCUGCACCGCUGGUGGUUUUCAUCUUCGGAGGUGGGUGGGGCUCCGGAGAUAGAUCCAUUUACUGUUUGCUGGCCAGGAAGAUGGCUGAAGAACUGAGUGCAACUGUCAUUUGUCCUGAUUACUUCACCUAUCCAAAGGGGAACGUUUUAGGGAUGAUCCAAGAUAUUGCUGACUGCUUGGUUUGGGCCCAAGAGAGUGGACACAAGUUCAACUUUGACAAAGACAACAUAGUAUUAAUUGGCCAUUCGGCGGGUGCACAUUUGUGUGCACUGACCUCACUGUUCCUCAUUGAUGCAAGAGAGGAGCUUUUCAUAGAGGCCGGCAAGCAGAGGGACGUUACACUGGCGAUAAGAGGGAUUAUUUGUCUGAGCGGCGUGUACAACAUCAUGGAUCAUUAUGAGCACGAGCAGAAUCGAGGAGUGGAAUAUGUCUCCACCAUGCACAAAGCCAUGAAUGGAGUGGAGAACUUCCCGUACUACUCGCCAACACAGUUACUGAAGGCGUUAAGCCAGGACAAACUGGACAGAGUGCCUCCGUUCGCUUUGCUCCACGGGACCAAUGACAUUAUCGUUCCUGUUGAGUCUUCCAUAAAGUUCUCCGAUCUCCUCACCUCGCUGUCCAUAAAGGUGUCGCUCUACCUGCUGCCCAGAGUUGACCACACUGAGAUCGUCACCGACCUCAUGGCGUCAGACAGGCGCUUCUACCAUCCCAUCUACAGCUGCAUCAAACAUGAGUACAGAACACUUUUGGGAAUCUGCUGACGAGCCAUCAGAUCAUCAGAAAAACAUCCACUCAUCACUAAUAUUUGACUGAUUGUGCCAUACACUUACUUUGUUUACAGUACUCUGCUCUAAUACCUCAAAAAGAAACAUGUUUAGCCUUGAUUUUAACUUGAUUGUGAUUCCAUAAUAAUGAUUUAUGUUUUGAACAGAUUGUAAUUGAGUAAAUCCAGGAGUGGCAUCUGAUUGAUUUUUGAUCUGCAUUCUUGAAAAAAUUAUUUCUUAGUUGACUGCAAUCUGGAUUACGUCAUUCUAAUAUUGUCUUGGAGAGAUGUUAUCCAGAUCGCGGUAAAGUGAAAUAUGUAAACGUGAAGUUAUAUCAAUCAUGAUGCUAUAACAGUAUUAAAAAAGUAAAGCACGCUAACACAUAAUAUUGAAAUGGAGUAAAGUUCUGCUUUCAGACCAACUAUGUCCUACUGACAUCACAACAUUUUGAUUCAUUAACUUGCAUGUUUUUAUAUCUUCUCUUGAAUAACUAUUUAUUGAUCUCAGAUACAUUAAACCCACGUGAAGGAACUGA